CCAUCGCUUUGCCUCCAUCGCUCUCCCUCCAUCGCUUUGCCUCCAUCGCUUGCAUUCCCAUCGCCAGCCGCAUCCAGGAUGGACUCUUCCUUCAGCCAGCCCGAGCACGUCGCCUCGCUCGCUCUGUCGCUCUUGCAGUGCGAUUCGUUCCAGCCCCUGCUCGGCUUCUCCUCCCAGUUCCUCAAGGAGCGGUAUUACGCUCUUGCUCCUCUGCGCAAGUCCGACCAGCACUUUUCCCUGUUCCAGUGGCAGCACGACCGCUCGAACGAACUGCUCCUGGACUGGUGUGCCGAUUUCGCCGAGCCUCCCAAAGUCAAUCACCACAGCGUCUACUACCGAGUCUGGGACUCCGAGACGCUCCAGUCCUGUGUCGUAUUUUCUGCCAGCAACAGCACCGCCGUUCAUAUGCCCACCCCGGCAUCGUCGUUUGGCUCGGACGACUCUCUCCCCCUCAGCCGCAAGUCCCCCCAGCGCGUCGGCGUCGUCAUCUUGCUCCACUCGGGCGAGUUCCUGGGCUCUCCCAAGAUCGAGCACAAGUGGCUAUACCACAACCUCGUCGAAGUUCUGGACUGGGACGACUUCAGUCGCGGCUGGUACCCCUCCGUUGCAGAGGCGUUGGACGCAUUUGAACAUGCUGCCAAAGGCGAAUCGCAGUACCAAAUCAAAGGCAUUUCCAAUGCCGAAGAGUCCGAGUACUGGGCGUCUUACGACAUGAAGAUCCUCAGUGACGAUAACGGCAAGGGUCCCGAUGCUGGCCAACGUCCAGCCUCCGAGGAAGACGACAUGACCGAGGACGAUUACUGGAAAGCCUACGAAGCCACCUCGUCCGAGUGGUGAUUGCUCCGGCGAUCGGGCCUGUCUGGAAGCUGUUGCUGCAUUCCUAAGGCCCGGAUCCUAAACACCGAAUCCUGAAGCUGCCUACGGCUGUAUAUCGGGGAGCCCGCAUGUCUACUCUUGAUCUGAUGAUGGUUCCUUCGACACCGAUGUCUGCGGAUCCUCUGUAUAUUCGCAAUUUUGACUUUUGCUCCUGACCGUAUCGACUGUAUCGACUACAGCGUAAUAUAUAUGUAUAUGUCACCUCCGG